GGGGCGCUGCGGAGCCGCCGAGAGCACGCGCGGAGGGGGGGGGCGGAGGUGGAGGGAGGGGGGGGAGCGGGGAAACCCCGACCCGGGGCGGGCACCGGGCACCGGCACCGGGCCUUCAUCGGAGUCUGCAUCAUCUUCAUCGGCACCGGGCCUNCAUCGGAGUCUGCAUCAUCUUCAUCGGCACCGGGCCUUCAUCGGAGUCUGCAUCAUCUUCAUCGGCACCGGGCCUUCAUCGGAGUCUGCAUCAUCUUCAUCGGCACCGGGCCUUCAUCGGAGUCUGCAUCAUCUUCAUCGGCACCGGGCCUUCAUCAGCAUCUUCAUCUUCAUCAGCACCGACACCGGGCCUGCAUCGGCACCGACACCGGUACCGACACUGGGCCUUCAUCGGUAUCAGCACUGGGCCUGCAUCGGCACCAGGCCUUCAUCAGCAUCUUCAUCAUCUUCAUUGGCACCGGGCCUGGUCCUUCAUCAGCAUCUUCAUCUUCAUCGGCACCAUCACCAGGCCUUCAUCUUCAUAGGCACUAUCACUGGGCCUGGUCUAUCAUCAUCAUCAUUAUCAUCAUCAUCAUCAUCAUCAUCAUCAUCACCAGGCCUGGUCCUUCAUCAGCAUCUUCAUCUUCAUCGGCACCACCACUGGGCCUUCAUCAGCAUCUUCAUAGGCACCAUCACCGGGCCUGGUCCUUCAGCAGCAGCAUCAUCAUCUUCAUCUUCAUCAGCAUCAUCACCGGGCCUGGUCCUUCAUCAUCAUCAUCAUCUUCAUCUUCAUCUUCAUUGGCAUCAUCACCAGGCCUGGUCCUUCAUCAUCAUCAUCAUCAUCAUCUUCAUUGGCAUCAUCACCGGGCCUGGUCCUUCAGCAGCAUCAUCUUCAUCAUCAUCACCAUCAUCAUCAAUGGACAUGGUCCUUCAUCAGCACGCAGGUGCUCAGGAAAAGAACAAUUAAAAAUGUUUAAUAAGGAUCCCGCCUCCUCCUUAGUCCAUCCCGACAGCCCCCACCUCUCCUUCCCCUUCAGUGCAGUGACCUCUGCUAACACCUCACACCUGGCCUUAAGCUCUGCAUUUUCUACUCUCCCUCCAACCUCACUCACACCUUUUAAACACAGGAGUUUCCUUAGGAAUGAUUUCCAGGGAAAUUCCCCCCGGGACACCAAGAGCAGGUGCUGCUUCCUUGGCCACUUUAACCUUUUCCAUGAUUCCCUGCAGCACAGCAGCAAGGAACUACCUGAUGUAAAACCAGAUUAUAAUAAAAUAAUCCAUUACUGCCUCAAUUUGUGCUUCACACAUGCAACCCAGAGUAAUUAAUUCGAUGAUCUUGGAGGUCUUUUCCCACCUAAACGAUUCUCUGAUUCCCGUUGUUCAAUCUGUCUGUAGUUGCCACGAGGUGGAGGCACGAAGACACAACCAGAGCUCGUUAAUGAAGCACCUAAUUACUCCUGGGUUUAAUUUGCUUCGCUGCCACCAGAGGGAGGAGGGGACGCACCGGAGGCACUCCCAGGAAAACAAAACUCCAACGCAAUUCCCAGCAGAACGGCCUAGGGUUGUUAGGGAGUGCUCAUCCCGAGGGUUUCAGGGGCUUUUGAGUCCUCCUGUCACCCGGAGCAGAGCAGUCCCCUGUUCGUGGCUCAUCCACACUGCCACCAAAUCCUUUGGAAAGCUCCGGCCACCCCAAAGGUGACAAAGCUUUCUGGAGCAGCCCGUGCUGACUCGACUUUAACUCAAUAAACCCCAAACCCCACAUGCUGCACAUGCAGCAACUACUGAAUUAAUAAACCGUGUUAUCUCUGCCCAUCACUCCGGAAAAUCACCCCGAACAGCAGCUCCCAGAGCCCGCUCCCACAUCCCAAAGGAUUUAAGGUGUCCUCGAACUGCAAAGACUGAAAACUCUUUUCAGUGGAGAUUCAGUGCAGUUCAGAGAGGGGAUGGAGCUGCUGAGCUCACCCAGCUGCUCACACCGGGUGGAAAAUCAACUCCCAGACAAGUGUGUUUGGACUGAGACUUUAAUCAACCCCCUAAUGAAA